GUGUCGGUUGGGCGCCUCGGGGCGGGAGCCGGGCGGGGGCGCGGAGGGCCAUGGCCGAGCCGGCUCCGCUACCUCUGACUUUUGAGGAUGUUGCUAUUUAUUUCUCUGAGCACGAAUGGCUGAAUCUAGAGGCAUGGCAGAAGGAGCUUUACAAGCAUGUAAUGAGAACCAAUUAUGAGAUUCUUGUUUCUCUAGAUGGCAGACUUCCCAAACCAGAACUAAUAUCCUGGAUUGAACAGGGGAGAGAGUUCUUCAAGAACUGGGGAGAAUUACAGAAAUCAGGAAACAUAAUUUGCCCUUCUGCUGAUUUGCAAUUUGAUCCAGUUAUCGGGGGACAUCUGCUUUGGGGAAGCCAACAAGCUGUGAAUUCCGUAGAAGCUAAAUGCCUUUUCCAAGUAGAUCCACUAGAAGGCCAGUGCUUCUCUAAACCUUCAGGAGGAGUAGGAGGUAUUUCCUUCAGGCCUGACCAAAGCCUGGCCCUCAUGAACCCACACAGACAUGACAGGCAGGCUCCAUUUCCAGUAGUCCACAGUUCCAGGGAGCCUACCCAAAGAGAAGGAAUCUCAAGUCCUAGAACUCUGGGUCUCCCUGGCUUCCAGGAAGUUCCCUCCUGGGAGGGCACCCAGCACCCUUGCGCUGUCUGUGGAGAAAGCUUUUGGAAGAAGGACCACUUAGAGAAGCAUGAGGGGAGCCACCUGAAAGACCAGCCACGUAGGUCCUGGAAGAAGUUCCGCAAACAAGCUGAUCCACAGCAACAGCGGAGCCUCCCUCAGUGUCAGAGGCGCUUCCCAUGUCAUGAUUGUGGGAGGAGCUUCCGCCUGAAGCAGUAUUUGCUUAGACAUCUGGCUGUCCACGCAGGGAAGAGUCCCCUGCAGUGCCCUGAAUGUAAAAUGUGCCUCCCGCACAAGCAGACACUUCUCAGCCACCGCCUGUGGCACAAGGAGAGGCCUUCCCAGGGCCCCGGAUAUGACAAGAGCUUUCUCCCAAAGAGCAGCGUGCAGGCCCCGCCCAGCCAGCCCAGCGGGGAGAGGUUAGUCUGCGGUGAAGGCGAGGGGGAUGAGCCUCCCCUGUCCGGGGAGGCUGAGCUGGCCCGCGUGCCGUCGGGAGGGAAGCCAGACCCCGGGUGGGCCGGGGACGAGCGCCACCACGCCGAGAGGCCCGCGGAGGCCCUGCAGCGCCGCCCCGAGAGGCCGUUCGUUUGCGUGGAGUGUGGUAAGCGCUUCACCGCACGGUCCAGGCUGGCCAUCCACAGCAGGAUACACACGGCAGAGAAGCCCUUCCAGUGCCCCGAGUGUGACAAGAGUUUCCGCCUGCGCGGCCUGCUGAGGGCCCACCAGCGUGCGCACGGUGGCGAGAGUCCUUUCUCCUGCAGGAAGUGUGGCAAGGGCUUUGCCAAGCAGUGUAAGCUCGCGGAGCACGCCCGCAUGCACAGCGGGGAGAAGCCGUUCUGGUGUGCGGCGUGCGGCAGGAGCUUCCGCCAGAGGGGCCAGCUGCUAAGGCACGAGCGCCUGCACACAGACGAGAAGCCCUUCCAGUGCCCCGAGUGCGAACUGAGCUUCCGGCUGAAGAGCAUGUUGAGGGCACACCGGCUGUGCCACGGCGGGCAGAGGCCAUUCUCCUGCGCGGAGUGCGGCCGUGGCUUCACGCACCAGUGCAAGCUCCGCGAGCACCUGCGGGUGCACAGCGGGGAGAGGCCCUUCCAGUGCCCCGAGUGUGACAAGAGCUUCCGCCUGAAGGGCAUCCUGCAGGCGCACCGGCGCACGCACAGCAAGGAGCGGCCCUUCUCGUGCGGGGAGUGCGGCAAGGGCUUCACCCGCCAGUCCAAGCUCACCGAGCACUUCCGCGUGCACAGUGGGGAGAGGCCGUUUCAGUGCCCUGCCUGCGACCGGAGCUUCCGCCUGAAGGGGCAGCUGCUGAGCCACCAGCGCCUGCACACCGGGGAGAGACCCUUCCAGUGCCCUGAGUGCGGCAAGAGCUACCGAGUCAAGGCGGACAUGAAGGCGCACCAGCUGCUGCACGGCGGGGAGAUGCCCUUCUCCUGCAAGUGCGGCAAAGGCUUUGCCAAGCAGUCCAAGCUCAUCGAACACGUCAGGACGCACACGGGGGAGAAGCCUUUCCAGUGUCCCAAAUGUGACAAGAGCUUCCGCCUAAAGGCCCAGCUGCUCAGCCACCAAGGCCUGCACACCGGGGAGAGGCCUUUCCGCUGCCCCGAGUGUGGUAAGAACUUCCGGGAGAAGGGACACAUGCUGCGGCACCAGCGCAUCCAUAGGCCUGAGAGGCCGUUUGCCUGUGGCGACUGUGGGAAGGGCUUCAUUUAUAAGUCCAAACUCGCGGAACAUGUCAGAGUGCACACAAAAUCCUACAGUGCUCCCAGUGAGCCUGACAUUAAGAAAAGGCUUAGCCAGCUGUUUGCAAUGAUAGAGGCUGACUGGAGUUGAGGCCGGGUAGGGCAUCCAGAGCCUUCAGCAGAGUUGAUGUUGCCGCCUGGGAAGCCACAGCAGCCAUGGCCAGACCAACUAGGGGACAGAGUUUAGGAACAGAGGUCCUUUUUUUUUUUUUUUUUUUAGCAAGAAGGUGACCUGACUUAGGAAUUUGGGAAACCAUACAGCAAGAUUUUCUUUUCCUUUCUUUUUUUUUAAAUAGUAAAUUUAUUUUUUAUUGGUGUUCAAUUUGCCAAUAUACAGAAUAACACCCAGUGCUCAUCCCGUCAAGUGCCCCCCUCAGUGCCCGUCACCCAGUCAUCCCUACCCCCCGCCCUCCUCCCCUUCCACCACCCCUAGUUCGUUUCCCAGAGUUAGGAGUCUUUUUUUUUUUUGCAUUCUUUUUUUAAAUUUUAAUUAUUUUAUUUUAUUUUAUUUAUUUAUGAUAGUCACAGAGAGAGAGAGAGGCAGAGACACAGGCAGAGGGAGAAGCAGGCUCCAUGCACUGGGAGCCUGACGUGGGAUUUGAUCCCGGGUCUCCAGGAUCGCGCUCUGGGCCAAAGGCAGGCGCCAAACCGCUGCACCACCCAGGGAUCCCGAGUUAGGAGUCUUUAUGUUCUGUCCCCCUUUCUGAUAUUUCCCACACAUUUCUUCUCCCUUCCCUUAUAUUCCCUUUCACUAUUAUUUAUAUUCCUCAAAUGAAUGAGAACAUACAAUGUUUGUCCUUCUCCGAUUGACUUACUUCACUCAGCAUAAUACCCUCCAGUUCCAUCCACGUUGAAGCAAAUGGUGGGUGUUUGUCGUUUCUAAUGGCUGAGUAAUAUUCCAUUGUAUACAUAAACCACAUCUUCUUUAUCCAUUCAUCUUUCGAUGGACACCGAGGCUUCUUCCACAGUAUGGCUAUUGUAGACAUUGCUGCUAGAAACAUCGGGGUGCAGGUGUCUCGGCGUUUCAUUGCAUCUGUAUCUUUGGGGUAAAUCCCCAGCAGGGCAAUUACUGGGUCAUAGGGCAGAUCCAUUGUUAACUCUUUGAGGUCUUUCCUUCUUUCCUUCCACUACUGUCCACUUCCAGCACCAGGAAGGCCUAGCAGCUGGUAUUUACCUUGCACGAGAAAACAAGGAAAAUUGAACAAACCAUCUAGAAAUAAUUAUUGUAGAUGUUGUCUGGGAGAAAAGCCCUCCUCCUUCUGGCACUUAGAGGACUCCCAAACAACCAAUCACCCCAGAGGAAACUGUCACACAAGCCCCACCUGUAUGCACAAAGACCUUGAUUAAAUUCUCCACUGCUGCAUUCUUAAGUAUGAACCUGCAAGGAUUAUCAAACACUUGGAAAAAAAAAAAACUUAUAUGGGAAAGAGAGAAAUCAAGAUGAAUAAUAGUAACAAAAAUAUCCCAGACAGAUCAUGGAUAAUUCAGGAAAUAAAAGCUAAAAUUUAAAAUCUCUAAUUAAGGGGUGUCUGGGUGGUUCAUUUGGUUAAGCAUCAUUCUCUUGAUCUCACUCAGGUCAUAUCUCACGGUUGUGAGAUCGAGCCCUGGAUCAGCCUCUAUACCGGGCAAUGGAGCCUGCUUAGGAUUCUCUCUCCUUCUGCCCCACCCCCCACUCCAGCACAUACUCUCUCUCAAGAUAUAUACAUAGAUGUAUAUCUUGCCUGAUUAUAUCACUACCCUCACUGAUCUUCCAGUUCCUCCCCUUACCUGCCACGGUCCGUUCUCUGAAGAGCAGUUAGAUUGAUCCUUUUUAAAAAAAAGUCAGGGGUGCCUGGGUGGCUCAGUCUGUUAAGCAUCUGCCUUCAGGUCAUGAUCCUGGAGUUCCAGGGUUGGGCCCCACAUCACACUCCCUGCUCAGUGGGGAGCCUGCUUCUGCUCAUUCUCUCUCUCAAAUAAAUAAAUAAAAUAUUUUUAAAA